AUGGCGACGUUAUGGUCGUCAUCCAUGCCAAUGAGAUAUAUCAAUUACACUCUGACGUGUCUUCCGGCGUUGCUCACCCGAAUAUUUGGGCCUGCUGGUGGCACAAUCCCAUGCCGCCCAGCUAUGUUGGAGCCCUCCGAAGCUUGUCAUAAUGGAGUUUUCCGUCGAAAGGAAGUCGAUAGAUAUGGCCGCACGACUGCCAACACAAACCGUCAUUCCAUGCUCGAGAACGUCUACAGCGCUGAAUUGCCCGCAUACGCAUCCGAAUCAUGGAAAAACUUGUUCCGCGCAUUCUAUAACCUGGAGCCCGACAUUAGCGGAUCCUCCCUCCAAACCGUACUCGAGAAAGCCACGCAUUUGAUAGAUGCAGCACUUAGUGUCGGCGCCGCUGCAGCGGUGCGUGCCCACAUCGACAAUUCGCUGAUGCGGCAGGGCCAGCUUCUUUACCGCGCCGUUCUAGCACGUCCUAUUCAUUGGGCUGAAUUAGCUAUUAAACUCGAGUCUCCCUCAAUAUUCAAGGACGCCGUCAUACAUGUCGUUGGAAAAUGGAACUCUUUGUCAAACGCUGAGAAGAGGAACAUGCAACCGCAUUUCCGCGCUAUCUGUGAACAGAAAGCAGCAGAACUCUACAAGAUCAAGGGAGCAACCGAAAUACGUAUUGCGGGACAUCUUCCACAAGUACUUUGGCGCAAGACUGGAGCGACUAGGACGAUAAUGCGAGCCAAUUAUGCAAAUGACAUUUACAUGUGGAUGGCCGUCAAUAUCCACCACCAAUGGUUCCAUCAGGUAAUUGGCACCGAACGUCGAGGUCGAGAUAGCCCCGAUGGCGGCAGAGAACUGUAUCAUGCAAUCCACGAAGGCGGAGAAAAAUAUCUGAAUGCGCAGGACUAUGUCAGUUUCCAUAACGUCUGUCCCAUGUCCAAGAAGGCGCGCACAAUUGUCUACGACAAGGUCCGCCAGAUGAAAUUCGAAGUGAAUCAUUUGCUGUGUACGGAGGUGAUGGACUCGGAUCUUCCAUGGAAUAUCGCCGAUGCUGCGAGGCUUGAGCCUUCUAUUUUGGAAGAUGGUGCGGAGGACAUGGAGGGAACAGAAGGGGGCCUUCCGCCUGAUGGUCCUGAUGUUCCGAUGUUUGGGUCUGAGUUUCAUUGA